AUGAAGCUGAUGGCCCUGCUGCUGUUACUCUGGCAUAGUACACUCUGGACCAUGCAGGACGCCGCCCCCCUGGGCCUGGCCAGCUCUCUACCCCCAAGCUUCCUGCUCAAGUGCUUAGAGCAAGUGAGGAAGAUCCAGGCAGAUGGUGCACAGCUGCAGGAGAGGCUGUGUGCCACCCACAAGCUGUGCCACCCUGAAGAGCUUGUGCUACUUGGACACUCUCUGGGCAUCUCCCAGGCUCCCCUGGGCAGCUGCUCCAGCCAGGCCCUGGAGCUGACCAACUGCCUGAGCCAACUCCACAGUGGCCUCUUCCUCUACCAGCGCCUCCUACAGGCCCUGGCCGGAAUCUCCCCUGAGAUCACCCCCACCUUGGACCUGCUGCAGCUGGACGUGGCUGACUUUGCCACCAACGUCUGGCAGCAGCUGGAAGACCUGGGGGUGACCCUCACAGGACCGCCCACCCAGAGCCCCAUGCCAACCUUCAUUUCUGCCUUCCAGCGCCGGGCAGGAGGUGUCCUGGUUGGCUCCAACUUGCAGAGCUUCCUGGAGCUGGCGUAUCGGGCUCUGCGCUACCUUGCCCAGCCUUGA